AGCUGAACCAUCUUGUGGUUGAACUUUUUUCCCAUGGCGCAGCCGGACAGCCGCCUGGACGUGCCUCUGUCGCGGCUGGGGGAAGACGUAGAGUCCACCUCGUCGAGCCUUCACUGGGCGGAGCACCAGACGCAGUCGGUGGAGCUCACCGAGGUCUGGCGGAGGGAGCGCGCCGCGCGCGCUGCGCCCGCGGGAAGCGCCGGGGGUUGGAGGCCCAAGGGCAAGGCCUUUUGGACCUGGGUCCUGGAGUUUCUGGUGGCGGCGCUGGUGGCCGUCUGCGCCCAAGUCGUGCACUAUGGCCAGGAGCAGCUCAGCUCUUGGCGGACGGACCUCGCCCACUGGGCCUUGGGCUGGGGGGUGCUGGGCUGCCUAGCGGCGAACCUCUCGGCGACCUUGGCCUACGUGGUCAUCGCUCACGCCUGCACCGUGUGGCAGCCCAGCACCGUCAGCAGCGGCAUCCCAGGCGUCAUCGCCUUCUUGAACGGCGUGGAUGUGCGGCGGAGCCUCUUCUCCGUCCAGAUCUUGGUGGCCAAGAUCCUCGGGGUGGUCUUCGCGUGCGGCUCCUCGCUGGCGGUGGGCCCGGAGGGGCCCAUGAUCCACAUCGGAGCCACCGCAGGCGUGCUGGUUUUCGAGCAGUUCUGCCGCUUCGAGUUCUUCCAAAGGGCGCUGAAAGCUGACCAAGGCUCGCGGGGCCUGGAGCUGCACGCGGCGGCGGUGGGGGCGGGCUGCGGCGUGACGGCGGCUUUCUGGGCGCCCAUCGCCGGCACGUUGUUCGUGGUCGAGGAGGCGGCCACCUUCGUGAACCCCAGGUUCUUCGUGCACGUCUUCGGCGCCUGCUGCCUGAGCCUGAGCCUGGUGCUGCUCUGGCAGCAGCUCUGGCAGCGCACGGGGCAGUACAGCCCCCUCUUCCAGGUGUUUUUGGGGCCCAACUGCUCCUACACGGAGCUCAUCUACUUCUUCGCCUGCGGCUUCAUCGGCCUGGUCUGCGGGCUGCUGGGCUGCCUCUUCAACCGCAUCGUGCUGAAGCUGAGCUUCCUGCGGCAGCGCUGGCGGCAGGACGGCCCCCGCGGCGCCCGGAAGCUGCGGCUGGAGAUCUUCGCCCUCAGCGCGCUGAGCGCCGCCGCGGGGGUGCUGCUGCCAGCCGCCGCGGAGUGCCAGGAGAGCACACUGCAGCGCGCCUUUGCCAACAGUAACCAGUGCAUCUCCCAGGAGUGGGGUCACCAGAUCUUCAAGACCGACCACUUCUCUUCAAGGCUCAUGGAGCCCACGGCGGGGCUGUUUGGCGUGCAGUACAACCCCAGCCUCUGCCCGCAAGCCCUCUUCAGCAACGUGAGCGGCGCACCCGAGUGCCACUUGGAGAAGCUGGGCCUGGCCUUUCCCAAGGACCUCCCCGAGCGCGAGAGGUACUUCUACUGCUGCGGCUUCUCCGACAUGGCGAGCUUUCACCAGGGGAAGGUCUAUAGCUUCACGGCGCCCAAGGCGCCGCUGGAGCUGUCAGAGGAGUGGCCCGCCUUCGGCUGCCAGCCCCUGGCCAGCGGCAACAUCUCCAUCCCCCGCUACAACGCCAUGGCGGCGCUGGCCUUCGUCCCGGGCCGCACCGCGGUGAAGAACCUGUUCACCCGGGGCUCGCCCCACAUGCUGCCCACCGGCUACAUCGCCAGCUUCCUGGCGGUGUACUUCUGCCUGGCCGCCUGCACCGCGGGCUCCGCGGUGCCCAGCGGACUCGUGGUGCCCAUGAUGAUCAUCGGGGGCUGCGUGGGGCGGAUUGUGGGGAACACCUUGACCAAGCUCUUCGGGAGCUUUUGGGAUUGCCCUGCCGGAUGGGUUGCGCCCUACCAGAUGUUGCUCCAAAUGCUGCCCGGGCAGGCGUCCAUGCCCCAGACCUGCGGGCUGCCGGACCCGGGGAGCUUCGCCGUGGUGGGCGCGGCGGCAUUCAUGAGCGGCUCGGGGUCCAUCGUGCUCUUCGUCAUCGCCAUGCUGGUGGAGAUCACCGGGGACAUUCAGCAGGUGCUGCCUAUCGCCUUCGGGGCCUUGACGGGGCGCUGCGUGGUGCGCGGCUUCAUUGGGCACGGGCUCUACCACGACCUGCUGCAGGUGACGAACCUGUCGGUGAUGGGCCGCGAGUGCCCCCUGGGCCGGUCCCAGCGCCGCGGCCCAGUGAGCGCGCUGCUGGCGGGGGGUAGCAGCCUGCGGCUGCUGAGGGCGCGGGAGACGCGCCCGGAGGUGCAGCACCUGCUGCAGGCCUGCCCGCACCACGGGUUUCCGGUGAUCAACGCGGAGGGCCGCCUCAUCGGCCUGGCACGGCGCGAGCAGCUUCAGCAGUGGCUGGCCGAGAGCCAAGAGGAGGAGCUGCAGGUCGAGAGCCUUGCGGACCAGGCGCCCUACUCGGUGGAGGCGUCCUUUCCGGUGGACAGGGCCUACGCGCUCUUCCGGGAGCUGGGCUUGCGGCAUUUAGUGGUGACGGACGUGUCGCAGCGCCCGGUGGGGGUGCUGACGAGGAGCUCCUUCUUCCCGUGAGCCAAAGGAGCACGCGGGGGCGGAGAAUGGCUGAGAAGCCUCAUCGGUUCA